CUGAUUUUCUUUUUCCUCCCUCUUCGCCCUACCACGCCUUCUCUCUAUAUCUCUAAACUUCCUCUAUCUUCUUUAAUCUUCCAAAAAUUUCCCCUUUUUCCCUUUCUCUUCUAUUCGUAUUUUUCUGAAGUCAAUUGUUUUCGCCUCGGGCAACAAUAUAGGAAUAAUGGCUAGGGUUUUGGCUCAGUCUAUUGGUAUGCCUGGCCUACUGAGCGGGCAGAGGCAUGGGCAGCACAAGGCAUCAGGAAAAUCACGAAGAUCUGUCAAAAUGAUGUCUAACUUACGAAUGCCUGCAUCAAGGAUGUCGAGUUUCUCUGGACUGCGUACUUUGAACACUUUGGAUCUUCUUUCGAGACCUCGACAAAAUUUUCCUUCUAAGAUGUUGACUUCAACUUCUUCCCGUCGUGAAAGGGCUAAAAGAUGCGUACCUAAAGCCAUGUUUGAGCGCUUCACGGAGAAAGCAAUCAAAGUAAUUAUGCUAGCCCAGGAGGAAGCCAGACGUCUGGGACAUAAUUUUGUUGGAACUGAACAACUUUUAUUGGGUCUUAUUGGGGAAGGCACUGGCAUUGCUGCCAAGGUGCUGAAGUCAAUGGGAAUGAACCUGAAGGAUACUCGUGUGGAAGUGGAAAAGAUAAUUGGAAGGGGUAGUGGAUUUGUUGCAGUUGAGAUUCCAUUUACUCCCCGUGCAAAGCGUGUUUUGGAGCUCUCACUGGAAGAAGCUCGCCAACUUGGUCACAAUUAUAUUGGAUCUGAGCACUUGCUUCUUGGUCUUCUUCGAGAGGGUGAGGGUGUAGCAGCACGUGUUCUCGAAAAUUUGGGUGCUGACCCAAAUAAUAUUCGUGCUCAGGUUAUCCGCAUGGUUGGUGAGGGUGCUGACAGUGUUGGUGCUACUGUUGGCCCUGGAAGUGGUAAUAGCAAUAAGAUGCCAACUUUGGAGGAGUAUGGCACCAAUCUGACCAAGCUAGCCGAAGAGGGAAAAUUGGAUCCUGUUGUGGGUAGGCAGCAACAAAUUGAGCGUGUCACUCAAAUUUUGGGUCGCCGUACCAAAAAUAAUCCUUGUCUUAUUGGAGAACCUGGGGUUGGGAAGACCGCUAUUGCUGAAGGGCUUGCCCAAAGGAUUGCAAAUGGUGAUGUUCCUGAAACCAUAGAGGGAAAGAAGGUUAUAACCCUUGAUAUGGGUCUACUGGUAGCUGGAACUAAAUAUCGUGGAGAAUUUGAGGAGAGAUUGAAGAAACUAAUGGAGGAAAUCAAACAAAGUGAUGAGAUAAUACUUUUUAUUGAUGAAGUACACACUCUAAUUGGAGCUGGAGCAGCUGAGGGGGCAAUUGAUGCUGCCAACAUACUAAAACCUGCUCUUGCCAGAGGUGAACUACAGUGUAUUGGAGCCACAACGCUGGAUGAAUAUAGGAAGCACAUUGAAAAGGACCCAGCACUGGAGAGGCGAUUCCAGCCAGUUAAGGUGCCGGAACCUACAGUUGAUGAAACCAUACAGAUACUGAAAGGGCUUAGGGAACGCUAUGAGAUUCAUCACAAGCUCCAAUAUACAGAUGAUGCACUUGUAGCUGCUGCCCAGCUGUCACACCAGUAUAUUAGUGAUCGAUUUCUGCCCGACAAAGCUAUAGAUUUAAUUGAUGAAGCAGGUUCCCGGGUUCGGCUUCAACACGCACAGUUACCUGAAGAAGCGAGAGAGCUUGACAAGGAGGUCAGACAGAUUGUGAAAGAUAAAGAAGAAGCUGUUCGCAAUCAAGACUUUGAAAAGGCUGGAGAGCUACGAGAUAAAGAAAUGGAUCUGAAGACCCAGAUAUCAUCACUUAUAGAAAAAGGCAAGGAGAUGAGCAAGGCAGAAAGUGAGGCAGGAGAUGGAGGUCCCAUGGUGACCGAAGUUGACAUACAACAUAUUGUCUCCUCUUGGACUGGUAUCCCGGUAGAGAAAGUUUCAACUGAUGAAUCUGAUCGCCUCCUUAAGAUGGAAGAGACUUUACACACACGAGUCAUAGGUCAGGAUGAAGCAGUAAAAGCAAUUAGCCGGGCCAUUCGCCGAGCUAGGGUGGGAUUGAAGAAUCCUAAUCGACCAAUUGCCAGCUUCAUCUUUUCUGGUCCAACUGGUGUGGGAAAGUCUGAAUUGGCCAAAGCAUUGGCUGCAUACUAUUUUGGUUCUGAAGAAGCCAUGAUUAGGCUUGACAUGAGUGAAUUUAUGGAAAGACACACAGUCUCCAAACUCAUUGGUUCACCCCCUGGAUAUGUUGGUUACACUGAAGGUGGUCAACUGACUGAGGCAGUUCGCCGUCGACCCUACACUGUUGUACUAUUUGAUGAGAUUGAGAAAGCACACCCUGAUGUGUUCAACAUGAUGCUUCAGAUUCUAGAAGAUGGAAGAUUAACAGACAGCAAGGGAAGAACUGUGGACUUCAAGAACACUCUUUUAAUAAUGACAUCAAAUGUUGGAAGCAGUGUGAUUGAGAAAGGAGGACGUAAAAUGGGAUUUGACAUCGAUUAUGACGAGAAGGAUAGCAGUUACAAUCGAAUCAAGAGCUUGGUGACUGAAGAGCUGAAACAAUACUUUAGGCCAGAAUUCUUGAAUAGGUUGGACGAAAUGAUUGUUUUCAGGCAACUUACAAAGCUGGAGGUAAAGGAGAUAGCUGAUAUAAUGUUGAAGGAGGUGUUUGAAAGACUGAAGGUCAAAGAGAUUGAUCUCUCAGUGACAGAAAGAUUUAGGGAAAGGGUGGUUGAGGAAGGAUAUAAUCCUAGUUAUGGGGCUAGGCCUCUAAGAAGAGCCAUCAUGCGACUUUUGGAGGACAGUAUGGCCGAGAAGAUGCUUGCUAGAGAGAUUAAAGAGGGUGACUCAGUUAUAGUGGAUGCUGAUUCUGAUGGUAAUGUGAUUGUGCUCAACGGGAGCAGUGGUGCCUCAGAGUCACUAGCAGAAGCUCUUCCUGUGUAACAUUAUUGCCUUUACUGUUAGCGGUUGUCUUUUUUUUUUUUUUUUUUUUUUUAAAAAAAAGAAACAUAGUCAUAGUUUGUUUUAGUUAUCAUUGGACAAAGCUUUUAAUUGAAUUCUGGUAGUCUAAAUGUCUGUCGAUUAACAUUGGAUAGCGCCGUUAGUGAUCUUUUUUAUUUAUAGAAAGAAAUUUUAAAGUUAAUCA